AUGGGCUCAGAGGGGCAGCAAGACAUUGAGAUGUCCAUCCUCACAGCUCUGCUGAAAGGUACCAAUGCAUCAGCAUCUGAUCAGCUGAGUUUGGCCCUGGCCUGGAACAGAGUGGACAUCGCUCGUAGUCAGAUCUUUGUGUACGGCCUCCACUGGCCUCCUGCGAGUGCAUUAGCUGUUGACCGGCCAAAAAGCCCAUCAUCUCAGCGACAUGCAGCAGCAGGAGGUAAAGGGAAAGCCCGAGCAAAGAAGGGAAAAGGAGGCAAACCCAAGCCGGAGCCUCCUGAGGAGACUGAUCCUCGCAAACUGGAGCUCCUCAACUGGGUGAACUCCCUGGAGCAGGCUAUGAUGGACGCUCUGGUGUUGGACAGGGUGGACUUUGUGAAGCUGCUGAUUGAGAACGGGGUCAACAUUCACCACUUCCUCACCAUCCCACGCUUGGAGGAGCUCUACAACACGGGAAAUCUUCCUCCAGAUUACCAGAUCACACUAAUUGAUAUUGGACUGGUGCUGGAGUUCCUGAUGGGUGGAGCGUAUCGGUGUAACUACACGAGGAAGAAUUUCAGGACGCUCUACAACAACCUGUAUGGUCUCAAGAGACCCAAAGCUCUGAAGCUUCUUGGCAUGGAGGACGAUGAGCCCCGGCAGAAGGGCAAGGGAAAGAAAAAUAAGAAGAAGGAGGAAGAGGAAGACAUUGAUGUGGACGAUCCUGAGGUCAGCAGGUUCCAGUAUCCCUUCCAUGAGCUGAUGGUGUGGGCGGUUCUACUGAAGCGCCAGAAGAUGGCGUUGUUCCUGUGGCAACGAGGUGAAGAAGCCAUGGCCAAAGCUUUGGUGGCCUGUAAACUCUACAAGGCCAUGGCCCACGAGUCAUCCCAGAGCGAGUUGGUCGAUGACAUCUAUCAGGAUCUGGAGAACAAUUCCAAGUGA